UUGAUUUGAACUAUAAAGCCAGUAACGAUCCAUGUACCACUUACCGAGCCAUGAAAUUGAAUAAACCUGGUAUCGAUCUUACCGGCGAAUAUAGAUGUGUCAUAUCUACUUUUGCAGAUGAGCAAUCUGCAAGCGCCUUCAUGGUUGUGUAUUCAACGGAGGACAAAUUUGAUAUUGUACAUACGAAGAAAACUAUAGACGAUAAGGAUAGAGUGGAGAUAACAUGUGUAGCAGAAGGACUAUAUCCCCAACCUAUUUUAGAUAUAAUCAUCGAAGGUGUUCUAGAAAAGCAAACAGCGAAGCCCACUAUUAUGCUGCGUGCCGAUGGACUAUACGAUAUCUUAUCACGAACGGCCUUAUUGGACGAAGAUUUGCCGGAAGCAGCGACUGUCAAAUGCUUGCUUGGUAUACCAAAGGUGAACUACAACGUUUCUCACGAAAUUGUCUACUAUCCUGGAAAUUUUGCUGUUCAAUCGUCAAUUAAGAUGGCACUAAUCAACAUAUUCAAUUAAUUGUUUAAUUAUUAGGUCAAUGUCUAAAACAAUCGACGAACAUAUGUAAGAUACAUAUGUAAAGAUCCAUCAUUCUGAUCUAUUAUCAGUAUCGCGCCUAAGAUAUUUAUCAACAGAUACAAUGUGCCCAUAUUAAAUGUUGUUUCUUAACAUAUUUAUUAAAUAUUGAAGAUCGAUGUAUAUAAGAUGUGUGUAUAUAAGAUAUGUUUAUUGUUUAUGCUGGAAAUUUCUGUUUAUGAUUUUAUAUAUAUAUACAUGCAUAUAUUUGAAUAUUUAUAUACAC